CCUCGUCCCGCCGCUUCCGGGGCCCCGCCGGGCGGAGCGGGCCGGGCCGGGCAAGGGGGCGGCAGCGGCCGCCGGCAGGGAACCGAACCGGGCCGAGCCGCGAUGAAGAAGCCGGACGGGAAGGUGGUGCUGCUGGGGGACAUGAACGUGGGCAAGACCUCCCUGCUGCACCGCUACAUGGAGCGGCGCUUCCAGGAGACGGUCAGCACCGUCGGCGGCGCCUUCUACCUGAAGCAGUGGGGGCCGUACAACAUCUCCAUCUGGGACACCGCAGGACGGGAGCAGUUCCACGGCCUCGGGUCCAUGUACUGCAGAGGAGCAGCUGCUGUGAUCCUCACGUACGACGUGAACAGCCUCCAGAGCCUGACGGAGCUGGAAGAAAGAUUCUUGGCUCUGACAGACAGUGCAAGUGCUGACUGCAUUUUUGCUAUUGUUGGAAAUAAAGUUGACCUCAGCGAUGACUGUACUUCAGCACCGGAUGAAAACAGACCCAGGAAGUCUGGUGCCAGCUGUGGCUCCAAGGUGCGAAAACAAGUCCAUGCAGAAGACGCGAUCGCGCUCUAUAAAAAGAUACUGAAAUACAAAAUGCUAGAUGAGAAGGAUGUUCCAGCAGCUGAGAAAAUGUGUUUUGAGACCAGUGCAAAGACAGGAUACAAGGUGGACUACCUGUUUGAAACUGUGUUUGACAUGGUAGUCCCAAUAAUCGUACGGCAGAAAGCUGAGGGGCCACCGCAAACCGUAGACAUCACGGACUACAAGCCAGCCAAAAGGACAAAAUCAGGUUGUUGUGCCUGAACCAUCUAUGUGACGUGGAAAAGGGGAGGGAUUUUUCACUCCAGCAGAAUGAGGAAUAUGAACUGCUUGCAGUUGACCAGAAAGGAAAAGUCAAAGAAUAAGUAGAAUAAAACGGUGUGUUAAAAAAAAGAAAAAGAAAAGAAACAAUAAAUAUUCUGACCAUUAAAGGCUUCUGGGAAGCUCUGUGUAUAAAAAAAAUGGGAAUGCAGGUGAAAUUAUGGAGUAAGACUUGCCAGUUUCCAUGGGCUCUGAAGACAAGUGGUGUGUUAUUAGAAUGGGUAGUGACAAUCAUUUGGACAGAUUUGAAAGAUUCUGAUUUUUAGUGACUUGCCAUUUCUUGUUGCAUGUAAAUGAUCUGUUUGUGUACUCUUGAAAACUUUCAUAUGAUGAUCUUCUUUUCCCUUACAAUUAUAACUUUGGAAGACUGAAGACACAGUACUUUUUUAUUCUUAAGGAAAAAAAAGAAAAUCCAGGUAUAUUUAUAUUUGUAGCUAAUAAGUCAAUUGCAAUCUUUUUAUGUCAGACUUGAUAGCAUAUGAUUCAGAAGCUGAACUAUUAAAAUUACUGUGGAUAUGUACUGUU